AUGGACGGGGACCAGGCACUCACCAACGCCCGUAAGGCGGUGGAACUGAAAGACUACGCUCGUGCAGAGACGCUUUACCGCGAGGUGAUCUCCCAGCCCAUCCCUCAGGACCUGAACAAGGCGCUGGCCCAGGCAUUGCAGCAACAGGAACAGGCGAUCCUCGAGCUCGGUAAGGUCUACCAGACCACCAAGCGGGCCGACCAACUCUACGCGAUGAUUGGAGAGUCCCGUAAAGUGCUUGGCAACUUCGCCAAGUCGAAAACGGCGAAGAUCGUCAAGACGUUGAUCGAAGACUUUGAAGGCAUCCCCGACUCGUUGGACGUCCAGAUCAACGCCACCAAGGAGCUGAUCGAGUGGGCCGUCGAGGCGAAGUUGCUGUUUUUGCGCCAGCUGUUGCAAUUGAAGCUUGCCGAGUUGUACUACGCCAAGACGCAGUACCAAAACGGGCUCAACUUGUUGAUUGAGUUGCUCCGCGAAUACAAGAAGUUGGACGACAAACUGAGUCUUGUCGAGGUCCAGUUGUUGGAGCUGAAGAUCUACCACGCUCUCCGCAACAUCCCCAAGCUGAAGGCGGCGUUGACGGCGGCGAGAACACUGGCCAACUCCAUCUACUGCCCCACUCUUUUACAGGCGGAGCUCGACUGCCAGCUGGGGAUCCUCAAUGCUGAAGACCACGACUACAACACCGCGUUCUCCUACUUCUACGAGCUGUUUGAAGGGUUCAAUCUGCAAGACAACGAGAAGCUGAUCGUGGUGCUCAAAUACAUGUUGUUGACGAAGGUGAUGUUGAACAAAAUCGACGAGGUGAACCAGAUCUUAAACAACAAGCACGUCAAGAAGUACGAGCUGAAAGACAUCGACGCCAUGAAGCUGAUUGCCACCGCCUACCUGAACCGGUCGCUCAAGGAAUUCGAGCUGCUGUUGAUCACUUACCUGAACGAGUUGAAGCUGGACCCGAUAAUCAAGAACCACUUCAACGCGUUGUACGACAACUUGCUCGAGCAGAACAUUUUGAAGAUCAUCGAGCUGUACAGCGUCGUCGAGUUGACCCACAUCUCAAAGAUCAUCGGGCUCAAUUUGCAACAAAUCGAAGGCAAAUUGUCGCAAAUGAUCUUGGACAAAGUGUUCUACGGGGUGUUGGACCAAGGCAACGGGUGGUUGAUCAUCUACGACGAACCGGAAAACGAUAAGGGCUACGAGGCAGCGUUGGACUUGAUCAAGAACUUGAACAACACCGUCGAUCUCUUGUACGAAAAGGCUCUGUCGUUGAACUAG